AUGGACUUAGCAUCAACGACGGAAGUAUCAUCCGAGGCGGCUAAAGAAGCAAGACCGCCUAUUAUUAGCUCACAUCCAGUGGUAAUCGCUGAGAGAGAUGCACUGAUCAUCAGAUACUCAUCACUAAGAAAGCUUUUGCGGAGUACAGCCUGGGUAAAUCGAGCCGCUAAGCGCUUCCAAGGGCACCAACUACCCGAUUCUCCACAACUGGAACCACAAGAACUCGAAGAUGCGAGGCUGUAUUGGGUGAGGCAUACUCAACAGCUAUACUUCGAGGCGGAAAUCAAUCAACUGAAAACGGGAAACUCACUGGCAGCAAAUCAUCGUAUGGCAACGCUGACGCCAUAUUUGGAAAACGACGUCAUGCGCAUGGGCGCACGUCUACAAAAAUCAACGUUAGAUCCGGAGGAGAAAAAUCCAAUAAUUCUCCCUCGUCAUUCAGCACCCUCAUCGCUCAUCAUCGCAGACGCUCAUCAACGGAGUUUCCAUGGGAGAACUCAACUCACAUUGGCACAUAUUCGGCAGAGAUAUUGGAUCAUCGGUGGGCGAGCUCCAGUACGCUCAUACAUCAUCAAGUGCGUGACUUGCGCACGUCAUCAGGGAUUGAGAGCUCAACAGCUGAUGGGACAGCUACUGGCACGACGAGUGACACCAUCAAGAGUCUUUCUUCACUCAGGAGUAGACUUUGCCAGCCCAAUCAACAUCCUGAGAUGGAGAGGAUCAGGAGCAAACAAGACAAUGUAUAAGGAGUACAUCUGUCCAUUUGUCUGUUUCGCAACAUCGGUUCUUCAUCUGGAACUGGUAAUGGAUCUAACAGUGGAGGGGUUCAUCGCAGUAUACAGGCGCUUCACUUCAAGAAGGGGAAUUUGUGCAACCCUGACCAGUGAUAGGGGGAUCAACUUCAUUGGGGCAGAGAAAGAACUAAAGAAACUCUUCGACCAGGCAUCAAGCGAAUCGGCUAUCAUCGGGGAUCAGCUAGCAUCAGACGGAACUACUUGGAAAUUCAACCCUCCCUACUCGUCACACAUGGGAGGCAAAUGGGAAGCUGCGGUAAAAUCAACGAAAUAUCAUCUCAGACGAAUCAUCGGAACCUCGACCUUAACGUACGAGGAAUUUACGACUCUUCUUACUCAGGUCGAGGCUAUACUCAACUCAAGGCCACUCUGCCCACUAGCCAAUGACCUACAAGACACAUCGGCCUUGACACCAGGACAUUUCAUCAUCGGAGAAGCACUCACAACAAUUCCGGAACCAUCACUACAGCAAAUCAACACCCUCAAUAAUUACCCCCAAUAA